AUGCACCUCGACCCCGGCGACGGCAGGCGCUUGACGUCCCAAGACGAGGAAAGCUACUGGCAAUCGGUGAAAAUGCUGCAAAAAGAAGACGACGAGAGGAUGGAGAGUGACCUCGUGGCUAACACCAAGUAUUACAUGGCCCGCCUGACAGAUCUGAACCACCAGAAGCAGGAGCUCGAGAGACGUGCGCUUGAGGUCCACCGCGCCAUCAGUCGAGAACAUAAGAGCCUGGAGGACCUCACCAACCGUUUUCAAGAAGCGAGGAUGGACCUUCAGCUCCAGCGCGAGAACCAUCACAGGGUUGUGGCCGCCUGGUUCGCCGAGGAACAUCGCAAAGAGAACGACGAGCGAGCGAGGAUCGCCGCCGCCGCCCUUGCCGCCCCCUCGCAUCGCCAUGCCGCGUCCGCGGAAACCACGCAGGCCAUCAAGGCGCCAAACGGAAUCCCUAGUGGAAUCCCCAGCGGAAUCCCCAAUGGAAUCCCAAAUGGAAUCCCCAACGGAAUUCCCAAUCUACCCAACGGUGCGAUGCUGAAUAACGGAGACCAUCGCAACGGCCCUCACCCGUCGAUCCCCGUCCCUGGCAGGCCUGACCAGCCGCCGCUUACGAUGAUUAUGGAUGCACUAGGUCGCUCCAUCGGCCCCGUGAAUCGUCUCCUGUCCAGUAACAGGUCCGUCAUAUUUCUGUCUGGUCUGCCCCAGAAGAGGGCGGUGCAGCUUCGCCCGGGCGUCGUGCUCGGCCAGCAAGACUUGAAGCAACUUGGUGAGGCCGAGGAGAAGUGGAUGGGCGCCGUCAUCCAAGCGACUGGUCUCGUACGGAAACAAUCCCAGCAGUGUAAUAUGUGUGCCAGGGGCCAAGGUCCUUUCGCCCAAUGCAUCGGCCUUGACAUGCCCGAGUUCCAGGCGUGCGGUAACUGCAUGUGGCAGAGGACAAACUGCUGCGAGCCAUUGGCGGCAGAGCAAACGCCAACCAUCACCAAGUUCAGGGCCUUCAACGCGCCUACACAAGACCCCCAGGGUGACCGGGGCCCCGUAAACGGCAACUUCAACGGCUCCACCACUCCCGCCUCCCUCAGUCGGCCCAAUUCCCGAGACAAGAGCUUUCUUGAGGGCUCAACCGCCACGGACGAGACGGAAGAGGACUUGACGCCCAUCACCAAGGCAACCCUUACCCUCAAACACGACGGUACUGUCUACACCCACCCAGAGUGCAUGGAAGGUGUCCCCGUCGGCAAAAUCGACCAGGAUCAUCCUUACUGGGAUCAGUCCUGGCCCGAAAUCGCGCCAACAAUUGAACCAACCCUGCAGACGUGGCGAGACAAGCUGCAGGCCGCCCUCGAAAAGGGGCAGAACAGCAUGAAGUUCCAGCUCGGCCGACAGGUAAACCGUGGAGAGACCAUUCUCAAGUUCCUAGAAGACGCCGACUUCUGCCCCUACCAACUGGUGGCCAAGAAGUACAUGAUGACUCGCCUGGUUUCUUACGACACCAUCUUCCGCCUGGCUGACACCCUACGGACCCUGGAAGGCUUUAAGACGCUCGACAUUACCCCGUUGGAAUGGCUGCGGCAGCGUCUACAGGAGAUCAUCACGGCCGAAGGCCCCAGCUUCAACCUCGCCAAGACCAUCCACGACUUUUAUCACGAUUCCAAGUACGUCGCUCUGAGGCUUGCCAACGGCAAGAAGAGCAUCGGUAGACCGUCGGGCAUGAAGAUGACGCCAAAGGACUCGCCCAACUCGUCCAAGGGCACGCCGAAUAUGAAGAAGCGCAAGCUCUUCAUUAGCGAGGAGUUCCCUGGCGCCUCACAGCGUCCGCUUGCGCCCACGCCCACGACGGCACAUUAUCCCCACCCUCAGCCGCUCUUGCAAUCGCAGUCCCAUGUUUUCCAUGAGGAGCCACAAAGGAGCGCGCCACCGACGCCCGAGUUGGCCAGGCCGUACAAGAAGUUCAAGAUGUAUCAGGGCCCCAGGAAAGCCAAGGACCCGGAUCUCGAAUACGAUGGCUUCACCGACAUUGACGAGUUCAGCGGCGACCAUAUUGGCAACCACGACUGGGCGCUGAACCGAAUCAAGUCCCGCCUAAACACCGCUAGUACCGGUGUGACGCAGUACUGGCACUGGAUCCCCGACGGUGGCGAGGAAGUUUUCGAGCAUCAAGUGCUUGCCGAAGGAGACAACUGUACCUGGGGCAUAUACCGCAAGCCGAUCAACUUCCAUUUGGAGUUGGAGCAUAUCCAGGAGAUGCGAUGGGCCACCGAAACGCUCAAAGUCAUCGUUGUGUGUAAGGAUGGCGCUGUAUCUUCGCCCACCGGUGAGCCGAGAGGAAACCUCAUGGCCGAGUUCAAGCGAGAUCGCACCAAGAGGCGCUUUUUAGACUUCUGCAGUAAGAAAGGCGUCGCAUUGGUCAAGGUCGAGGCAGACGUCAUUGAGAAGGCUUGGGACGAAUACGAGUCCCUCGAAGUCCUGGCUAUGGGCGAUUCUGAGAUCGAUUAG